AUGAGUUUGAAAAAGAGACAGAAGAUUAAGAUUAAUCAAUAUGAAAAUCAUACUAUACAAAAAGAUGAAACUAUAGAACUAAUUGAAAUUGAACCAUCUGGAGGAGAGUUUUUCAAUGAGUAUAUUAAAAUUAGAAAGCCAUGCAAAUUUAAUUUUUCAAUCCUAAAUAGUGAUUGUUUCAAAAUUGAUCGUAUUGUAAAUACAUUAAAAUAUGAUGAACCUUUGCAAGUAGAAAAGAAAAUUAAUGGUGGGUUUGGUAAUGGUAAUUCAAGAAUAAAGAUGAGGUUUCUGGAGCUUGUUGAUAAAAUAAAAGGUGGUAAUGAUGAGUUUUAUUUAACUACUCAAUAUGAUUUUGAUGAUCCUGACGUAGGUGAUGAUAUCAAUGAUGAGGGAACUGGUAAUCAGAAUGUUUCAGAUGAAGUUUUACACGAUUCAGAAGGAGAAGAAAGUAUUGAUUUAAAAAAUAAAAAUGGGAGUUGUGAAUCUGAAUAUGAAAAAGGUCACGUGAGUGAUGAUGAAUAUGAUGACUCAAAAGAAGAUGAAACAAACCUCAAUGAACUUCAUCGGUCUAUAUCUCACUCGGAAGAUGAACAUGAAGAUGAAGAUGAAGAUGAACAUCAAGAAGGUGGAUUCGAAUCAGGAUUUAAUAAUUUAUCUGAUACAUCUUCAAUCGACAUGAACUACCUUCACGAUGACUAUGAAGAACCAGAUUCAGAAUCUGAAAUAGACAUCAAUUCACGAAUAAAAGAAUUAUUUCAACCGCCCUUAACUAAUUUGGUACACAACCCAGAAAUUUUACCAUUAACACCUUCAUUUAUAAAUCUAAUACCACAACAGAUAAAUUUGUGGUUAGGUUCAUGCAACAAUACCAACUCCAAUAAUACAGUUCUCAUAGAUGGUACCAAAUCAGAUUUGGGGCUUGGCAAACAAAUUCCACAUGGUAAUUCAUCAGGUUUGCAUCAUGACCAUGCUGAUAAUUUAUAUAUAUUGAUUUCUGGAAGAAAAAGAUUCACUAUAUAUUCUCCAAAUGAUGCUUUGAAGUUAUUUACAGUUGGAGAAAUUUAUCGUGUGUAUAAUUCUGGUGUUAUCGAUUAUAAAUAUGAUUGGAAACAUGUUCGAGAUGAUGGGGCUAUUAUUGAAGAUGUAUUGAGAUGGAUGCUGGAUAAAGAAAAGGAUACAAGUAAGAAAGCAGACCUACUUCAACAACUAGAAGAAGAAAUUAGACGAAAUGAAAGUAAUCAAACAUCAAAUUCUACUGACCCUCCAAGUUUUUCCAAAAUACCACCUGCAUUACUUCAUCUUGAUGAAUUAAAAAAUCCUAAUUUAAGAAAAAAACUUGAAUCAUUUGCAAAUACUCAUUUUCCAGGGUUUUUAAAUUUAAAUAAAUGUGAAAUUUUACUUAAUGAAGGUGAAAUGUUAUAUUUACCAGCUGGUUAUUUUCAUGAAGUUUCUAGUUUUAGUGAUGAUGAUAAUUCACCACAUAUUGCUAUUAAUUAUUGGUUUAUUCCUCCUAAUAAUAACGAGUUUAAUAAAAUUUAUAAAGAUGAUUAUUGGAAAGAAGAUUGGGAUAAGACAUGUAUGGAUUUAUGA